CUCCCUGAUUGUUGGAGCGAUGUUUCUCUACUUUUUCCAGCUGUCGAACCGGCUUUCUGGUUCUGCGUUAAAAUGACCUCACAGCUUGUCGGAGGACCGCAGAACUGGUCGACCGUCGGCUUUUGACGCACUCGGGACGUUUCUUUGAAACUUUACGCACCUGUUGAAAGACGCGGCGUAAACUUUGGAAUAUGUCCCCAAAAAAACAAACAAACGUCUCUGCUAUGCACGUUAGCUAGCUAGCCGAAGUGACGUCACCGCGACGACCCUGGAUUAACCGUCGGAGUUGCCAUGGAUGCCGGAGGAGAGACGACCACCGAGAUUAGGACGGUUUACGCGGCGGUGGUUGGGAAACCGAACCCACAACCGACGAGGCUGCUGUCUUUUAAACUUGAUAAGAGGAGGUGGUUUGUGCUGUUGGUGCUGUGUCUGUUAAACUGCUCCAACGCCACGAUAUGGCUGACCUUUGCACCAGUUGCAGACCAGUCGGCCCAGUACCUGAAGGUCUCUCUGGAGGACAUCAACUGGUUGUCUCUGGUCUUUAUGGUGGUUGCCAUCCCGCUCAGUUUUGGGACCACCUGGAUGUUGGACACCCUCGGGUUACGCGUCACGCUGAUCCUGGGGUCCUGGCUGAACAUGCUCGGAGGUCUGCUGCGUUUCCUCGGCACGCUGCCGCUGGCCGGCCACCAGCUCCAGUUUCCAGCGGCGAUGCUGGGCCAGACUCUGGGCGCCCUCGCCCAGCCUCUCAUCAUCUUCACCCCCACCAAGCUGGCUGCUCUGUGGUUCCCCGACCAUCAGCGCGCCACAGCCAACAUGAUCGCCUCCAUGUCGAAUCCCCUGGGCAUCCUGCUGGCCAACAUUAUUUCUCCUGUGGUCGCUAAAACAUCGGCUCAGAUCCCAAACCUGCUGCUGGCCUAUGCUGUCCCAGCAUGCAUCACCUGUUUCCUAGCAACAGUGGGAAUACGGAGCAGCAAACCCCCAACGCCGCCGUCGGCCAGUGCCGAGAGCUCCGGAUCCGAGCCGUUCAUACAGGGAUUAAAGCUGUUGCUGAGGAACAAACCCUACCUGAUCCUCCUGCUGUGCUUCGGCUCUGGCAUCGCUGUCUUCACCUGCUUCUCCACGCUGCUGGAGCAGAUCCUGUGUGUGAAGGGAUACGCCAACGACUUUGCCGGCCUCUGCGGCGCUCUCUUCAUCGUCUUCGGCAUCGUCGGUGCCGGCGUCGUCGGCGUCUACGUGGACAAGACCAAGAAGUUCACCGAGGUCACGAAGAUCGGCAUGGCCUUCUCUGCCCUGUCGUGCGUCGCGUUCUCCGUGGUGGGUCUGAUGCCCCAUCAGAAGGUUGCGGUCGCAGCCGUCUGCUCCCUCUUCGGCUUUUUCGGCUUCUCCAUCUACCCUGUGGCCAUGGAGCUGUCGGUGGAGUGUUCGUACCCGGUCGGCGAGGCCACCUCAGCUGGACUCAUCUUUGUUUCAGGGCAGGUCCAGUCGGUUGUUUACAUCGUCCUGCUGCAGGCUUUGACCAAACAGCUCACCGAAUCGCCUCUGUCCACCUGCGGCGACGCAGUCCUGAGCUGGAAAGUACCCAUGAUGGUGAUGGCGGGGCUGUCCAGUGUUUUCACCUGCUGCUUCCUCAUCUUCUUCCACACCCGAUACAGACGACUGGAGGCGGAGGAAAAAGCUGCUUGCGGGACCAGAGAAAAUAAUGCUACGACUACCUCCUACCAAGCUGUCGAGACCUGAAUGAGCUCAGAACUGAAGACGUUAUGGGCGGGGUCCAUCCCUUAUGGACUUUCAUGAUUGUUGAAUCAAGACAUUCCUGCGUACUGUUAAUACUUACAGUACCACCGAUAAUUUAUGUAUUAUGUCGCUUCCAAAGAGAAAAUAUGUAAUCUGAGAAAUCCUGCACUGUUAAACCGUUUAUAUGAAGGGCACUGCAGUUGUUUUUGUAUUCAUUUUAUAACUAAUCACCCUAAUAUAAGUACUGAGAAAUUACUAAUUUUGUACAAUAAUUUAACCACUACUGUCUCAGUU